UCUACAAGGACCACAUUACCCUCUCUGACUACGAAAUUCACGACGGAAUGAGCUUGGAGAUGUACUGAACGUCGAUAAGAUUGCUGAAUGUGUAUUAUGGCGUGUACAUGUAUUAUAAACAUUUCUUCGGAACUGAUUGGAAACAUACAGCCAUGCUGUCAUCGCUGAAUGCCGUUCAAUUCUUCACUCCCACUUCGCUCGGGCAUUCUAAUUUCUGAGUCACCGAGCUCUAUUCCUAUCUCAUCGCGAUGUCUACAUUGAGUUCUCGAGGGAAGAGAAUGCAAUGCAUGCAGGCAUCCACAUGCGUUUGCGGCGUUGUGAGCAAUGGAACUCGCCUUUUCAGGUAGUCGUGCCUUUGGCCGACAUCAUUGCGUCAAGCUCUACUUCAAGAUACAUUGUUAACUCUGGUUCUGUUCUUGACUUGAUCCUCUUUACCCCAGAUACUGUCUACAAGUCUCGUUCUCAGCAACGCUUGGCUAUUCAUCUUGCUGCGAUCUCAAGUCUCCUCACGUCUAUGUACUUAUGAAUACGUUCUUAUCCGUACUGUGGCCGGCCAGGUGGUGGGGUAAUGAUUUCGUCUGUCAACGUUCGUCCAACUGAUUGAGCUAUCAUCGGUCCAGUAUACACCUUGCCUUAGUUGUCUUGCGGUGUUCAACCACCCGUCUGGGAAUGUUUUGGAUACUACCCGAAAUGUGACAGUCCCUUCACCUUUCGGAAGUAACUCUUCCAUAAGUCAAUGAUGCCUUGGUCCUUGC